UAAAAUCUUCAACCCGCCCUACCACCUUCUCGCCACGUCUACCUGUCCUGUCGACGGCUUCUUCAUGCCCUGCCCGUCGGCCCUGUUGCUUAUUCUCUCUACGCGUUCUCUUAUCGAGUCCCCAUGGAGCUAGCACAGUAGGUAGCUCCUUGUCAGAACAGCCCCCCGGCAGGCGUCCCCGUGGACUUCGCCUUUCGCUGAGCCGGUCCAAAGGACACCUGUUGAAUAUCGAUCGCUACCUACAGGCGCAUGAUACCCUCUUCUUUUUCGAUUAUUAAGUAGUCCUAGCGUUGGCGACUUCAUCGGCCUGCCGUCGGCUCUCUAUCGCAUCGUCGCGGAAGUAGGAAGAAAAGAAAGAACGGAAGAACUAGCCCCCCCACGAUGGCUUCCGGCAAUAGCAAGAAGGCUGUAGCCGAAUGCAUCUCGGACGAUGCCCUCACCCACCUGCGAUCCUAUAAAUACUCCAGCGUCGACAAGUCCCCCGUCUCCUAUUACAUCCUCCGUCCCUACUGGAACGCGUUCGUCGAGCUUCUGCCGCUAUGGCUGGCGCCGAAUAUGGUAACCCUCAUAGGGUUCUUCUUCAUCCUGGCGAACAUCGCCCUGCUGGUUAUAUUCAUGCCAGAUUUGGUCGGACCGGGCCCGUCGUGGUUAUAUCUGAGCUUCGCCUUUGGCCUCUUCAUGUACCAGACCAUGGACAACAUCGACGGGAAGCAGGCUAGGCGAACCGGUACGUCGAGCGGCUUGGGCGAGUUGUUCGACCACGGCAUCGACUCCUUAAACUGCACUCUCGGAAGCCUGUUGGAGACGGCCGCGAUGGCCCUGGGAACCUCCAAGUCGGGCGUCUUUACAGCCCUGUGCCCCUGUCUCCCCAUGUUCUUCUCAACCUGGGAGACCUACCAUACUCACACCCUCUACCUGGGUUACGUCAACGGUCCUACCGAGGGUAUUCUUAUCGCGUGUAGCGUCAUGGCGAUCUCGGGCAUCUACGGGCCUGGCAUCUGGACCGAGCCUAUUGUCAAUAUUGUCGGCAAGAAUUACCUAUUUGGAUAUGAUGAGCUCGUCGGCGAUCAUUCGAUUCGCGACAUCUGGAUCCUCAUGAUCGUGGGCUCCCUCCUCUUCGGCCACAUGCCGUUCUGCGUCUUGAACGUCGUCAAGGCGAGGCGCAAGAACAAGUUGCCGGUCCUGCCCGUCUUCCUUGAGUGGAUCCCCAUGGCCGUGUACACGCUGUCGAUCGGCGCGUGGCUGUACUCGCCCUACUCGACACUGAUGCGCGAGAACCACCUAGUGCUGUUCUGCCUCACCAUGUCGUUCGUGUUCGGGCGCAUGACCACCAAGAUGAUCCUCGCCCACCUCACGCGCCAGCCGUUCCCGUACUGGACCGUCAUGCUGGGACCGCUCGUCGGCGGCGCCGUCCUCGGCAACCUGCCGUGGUUCGGCCUUGCCCCAGUAUCCGCGAAGGUAGAGCACUACUACCUGUGGGCGUACUUCGCGUUUGCGUGUGUCGUGUACUUCCGCUGGGCGUAUCUCGUCACCACGAGCAUCUGCAGCUUCCUCGGCAUCAACUGCCUCACGAUCCCGCGGGAGAAGCAGCUCGAGAACAAGCGGAAGCAGCAGGAGGAGAAGCUCCUGGCGAGAGGGGGCGCUAACGGCGCUCCCAAUGGGAAGAAGUCGCAGUAAGCUCACGCUUACGGCGAGGGUGGACGCAAGGGGGGGAAGGAGCAAAGUAAGGGGUGGAUAGAAAUUAAUGAAUGGGACUAAUGGAUGAGGGGAUGUAUUAUUAUCAUUUUCCUCAUUGCCAUAGAGAGUGCGUACGCGGGGCGCACGCAUGCAUCGUGAGAAGAAGCAUAAGACAUAGAGAACAGGCUUAGAGCCACAUACAGCAGGGCCCGGCGCGCGCCACGCGUUCCGCAGAACUGAAAUCCACCCUCUCCUCGUCCCCACCCCCUUCUUCUCUCUUUCGCUUCCAGGAAGGCAGCUGGGCAGCCGGCGCUCGGCUCUCUGCUCGAGACCGAGCCACGAAGUGACCUGGUAGACAGACAGACAGAGAGGUUGGGUAAAGUAGGAGAUAGAGAGGCACAAGAUGGGGGGCGGACAGGCGGGGACCACCCAGAACCGGAGUGAAGCAAGUCUCUCCCGCCGGGCGGAAUCGGCGAAGGGCAGGCUCGUGGCGCGGCGUGGCGUGGCGUGACGAGCUUGCGGUGGGAGGAAUGCCACCAGUAUGGAGUGAAGAGGAGGUAUUCCCCCAGAGCUCUCCGGGAGUAGAUAAAGUGCCGACCGAUCGAUCCCGCGACGAAGGCAGACAGACAUAUGAACGAGCACGGACACAAUCACGCACGCAUGCCUACCAC